UGUUUUCUCUUUCUUUGUUUUUUGGCAGAACGGUUCUCUCUUUGCUGGAUUGUGUUUGGUGAAGGACUCUUUGUUUCAUACAGAUUGCAGAGAGAUUAAGAGCAGGCUAAUACAGAUUAAUCAUCAUUAAUCAUCAGCCACUGCAGGAAAUCAAUGGCAGGUUUGUUUGACAAGCAAGCAGAUUUGUACUUGGAUUCAAGGCCAGCUUAUCCCAAAGAAUGGUACUCUAAAUUGGCAGAUCUCACUCCUCACCACUCUCUCGCUUGGGAUGUCGGAACCGGCAACGGCCAAGCCGCUAUCGGUGUUGCUGAGCACUAUAAACAAGUGAUUGGAACCGAUGUGAGUGAAUCCCAGCUGCAGCGUGCAAUGCCACAUCCACUUGUUCGAUAUGCCCACACGCCGUUAACCAUGACAGACGACGAAUUAAUAGCCUUGAUCGGGGGAGAAAGUUCAGUUGACUUGGUGACUGUGGCUCAAGCUGUGCACUGGUUCGACCUACCAAAAUUCUACAGUCUUGUUUCGCGGCUUCUGAAGCCAGGAGGCGUGUUGGCGGUUUGGUGCUACAAUCACAUCGAAGUUUGUCCCGAAUUUGAUCCUAUUGUGAAGCGACUUGAGGAUACAAGCCUUCCCUAUUAUCAUCGUAACAUCCAGUACGUGUUUGAUGGUUACAAGACGCUUCCUUUUCCUUUUCAGAGCGCUGGUUUCGGAUGCGAGGGGAGUCCAUUGGCUCUGGACAUUCCAAAGAAGUUAUCUUUCGAAGGGUUUUUGAAGAUGGUACGGUCAUGGUCUGCAGUUAAUACAGCCAAAGAACAAGGGGUGGAUUUGUUGCCCGAAAAGUUGGUUAAAGAGUUUGAGGUUGCUUGGGGCGGCACCAAAUUAGUCAGGUCUGUCAGCUACAAGGCUUUUAUGCUCGCCGGAAAAGUUAAGGUGUGAUCUUGUUGGGAGGGUGUGCGGAUCAUUUCCUCAUUUCCUCCUACAAACAAAUAUUACUUUGACGUUUUUAUUGAAAUUUCUUCUUGUGUUUCUUAUGAGUCAAUAUAUGUAUCAGCUUGUGAUUUGCAUACUAUAGUGUAUAUUUAUAGACUUGUGAGAACUGACUCGAAUCUCACUUCAGAAAAUAAACACAAGAAAUUAUUUAGCUUUCG